AUGAGCUGGAGUUUCCUCACCCGUCUGCUGGAGGAGAUCCACAACCACUCCACCUUCGUGGGGAAGCUGUGGCUCACCGUGCUCAUCGUGUUCCGCAUCGUCCUCACCGCCGUGGGCGGCGAGUCCAUCUACUACGAUGAGCAGAGCAAAUUCGUCUGCAACUCGGGCCAGCCGGGCUGCGAGAACGUCUGCUACGACAACUUUGCGCCCCUCUCGCACGUCCGGUUCUGGGUCUUCCAGAUCAUCCUGGUGGCCACGCCCUCGCUCAUGUACCUCGGCUAUGCCGUCAACAAGAUCGCCCGGCUGGAGGAGGGGAAGUCCGGCGGGGCCGGCGGCCUGUCCCACCGCAAGCCGCGGAAGAUGUUCUUCGGAGGCCGGCGGCAGCACCGGGGGAUCGAGGAGGCAGAGGACGACCAGGAGGAGGACCCCAUGAUCUACGAGGUGCCCGAGAUGGAGAGCCGUAGCGAGGCCACCCCCCAGGGCAAGCCCAAGGCCAGGCACGAUGGCCGGCAGCGGAUCAGGGAGGACGGGCUGAUGCGCAUCUACGUGCUGCAGCUACUCACCCGUACGCUGUUGGAGGUGGGCUUCCUGGCGGGCCAAUACGCCUUGUAUGGCUUCGCCGUGCCGCCCGUCUUUGUGUGCUCAGGAAAGCCCUGCCCGCACAGCGUCGACUGCUUCGUGUCGCGGCCCACGGAGAAGACCAUCUUCCUGCGCAUCAUGUACGCGGUGACGGUCCUCUGCCUGGGGCUCAACGUGUGGGAGAUGCUGCACCUGGGCGUGGGCACCAUCUGUGACAUCCUGCGCACCCGCCGCGGCCCACCGGAGGAGGACGUAUACCACCUGGGCUCCAUGGGGCCCGGGGGCGCGAGCAGGGCUCCUGUGGUGCCUGUGGGUGAAGCUGGGGAGGUGGGGGGGUACGGCAGCUACCCCUUCUCCUGGAACGCCCCCUCCGCCCCGCCUGGCUACAACAUCGUGGUGAAGCCUGACCAGAUCCAGUUCACGGACCUGAGCAACGCCAAGAUAGCCUGCAAGCAGAACAAAGCCAACAUAGCCCAGGAGGAGCAGCAGCAGUUUGGCAGCAACGAGGACAACUUCCCCCUGGAGGAGGUGCGCGGGAGCCUGCAGAAAGAGAUCCGGCAGGCUCAGGACCGGCUGGAGGCGGCCAUCCAGGCCUACAGCCACCAGCACCAGAACAACAACAACCACAGCAACAUCAGCCAGCCUCAACCGGACCCUAAGCACCGCUCUUGCUCCAAGCACGGCGCCAACAAGGCCGGCAGAGGCAGCAGCAGCAACAGUAGUAGCAAGUCCGUGGAGGGCAAGCCGUCCGUGUGGAUCUAACCAUGCUGCCUGCUCCCUCACCCACCGGAUCCACUGCCCAAACCUCAUACCGGCUUAAAGCCGUCAGCUCCCCUUUCCUCAUUUUACCUGACUGUAGGUCUGUGACCCAACUCCAGCAGACUCUUACUUGCACAUAACUUCACUGGCGACCAGGGCCAGCUCUCUCAGUUUAUACUGUAUUUGUCUCUCACCUUCCACUAGUUCCGUUUCCAAACAACGCAGAUUUCUCAAGGUACUUGUAAAAAGACCAACCACAUACUUGAAACUAUCUUGGGCAAGUACAUCUAGUUAACUGUUUUACAUUUCUUGAGAAUUUAUUUUAAGCACUCGCAAAUACAAUUUGUGUAAUAUUUUUGAUAACUCCAUGAUGACCGAUCUGGUUUGCAAAAACAAAAUGAGCUUUACAUUUUGGGCUCCUAUACUCUUAAAAGGAAUAGCUUUUUGGGAGAGGCAAUGAAAGAAAAUUCUACUGCUGUCUCGCUGCCCUUCGUCGCUGAAAGAUUUCUUUCCAGAAAUACCAAAACAGCAAAUGUCCAAGAACAGCUGACAGCAUGCAGUACACUGAACUUACAGCUCACAUUAGAGACAAAACAGCAGUGUUCACUAACACACAGGACAACAUAAUAUACAACAGAACAGCAUCUGACAAACAAAACCCUCUAGACAUAACACAGCACACAACCCACCAUAAUAUGUUGCAGACUCAAUAUGACAGUAUUGAUCAUCCACAAGGAAACGCUCCUUAGACACUAUGGCAGACAUGGUGUACAUAAUAAACAGUUUAGACAUGCAUGGACCCAAGGAAGCCAGUGGAGCUGUGACAGUAUCAGACGUAUCUUCUUGCGUCAGUUUUCUGGAAGGGGCCUCCACUUUGGUUUGAGGACAACUUCAGGCUCAGAUUUAUGGACUUUUUAAAAUCAUUUUGUAUUGUACAUUUUCAUUUUGAUAUUGUGACUGAUAAAAAAAAAUAAGAGAGCGAAAACAUGUUGCAUGCUGGGAUAUGCAGUGUUACUGUAUGUUUAGAUGCUGUCCGUGCUGUUGCUUUGGAAGAUAAGUGGAGACUUUAAUGCUGUAUCUAAGUGCCUUAACGGUCCCACUAGCUGGAGGUGGAUGUGGGGCUUGGAGCCUUCAUUUGUAGCGGCAUGCCUCCAAAGUAUCCAGGCCCCCACCCCUGCCUUUAUACCUAUCUACUACCACAAUAAGCCAGUGUUCCUGUGGUAAAGGCUAUCAGUAGGAAUUUUAUCUCGGGUUUGAUGCCAUGCACUAUAUGAAGGUACAUUUUGCCUAUUGUUUUAUUUGGCAAGUUCUGCUCAUAAUCCAACAAUUUAUCCAGUCCUCCCAAAAAGCAAAACCCUGUAGGAGUACUACACUAGGCAUUUACCAGAGGUUUGCCAAAAGUCCAAGGCUUUGAAACACUACAUUGAAAUGCAAUGUCAUAAACAGCCUACUGACUUGACGCCCAAAGCUCCCAGACUGCCUCUUCUCACAGAACCGUACUUCCUCAUCUAACAAGAUAUUUCAUUCAUUUAUGAAAAUUUUUAAAAAAGAAACAAGUCUAAUGCAUUUUUCUCAGGGAUAAUUUGUUGUGGGUGUUGAAUUGAAAAACUUAAAUUGAACUCCUUUACUGCUUGUGCCCAGAGAAAGCCAUAGAUUUCCAGUUCUCACACAGGGUUUUCUCUCUGGCUUUGGGAGGUCCUCUGGUGGCCAGUGAUGUAAAUGCAGAUACUAAGUGAUAAAAUGCUUUAUAUUAGCAGAGGCAUUCCACAAUACUGUCCAUGAUAUACCAGUGUGCAUAACCAAAAGAAUAAAAAAUCUGUGAAAAGUUAAUGGAUGUCUCUCUACCACUCUAAAGUGACCACUGGACAAUCUUGGGGAAACAUCUGACAGAGGCCUCUGUGACAGGUUCAGGGAUGCAGAUUAGUACCCAUUCCAUCCUCGUUCUGUAACUGGACAUUCACGAAGGGAAACUACCUUUUGGAGCCACUGAACAAGCUAUUGAAUCUGACUGAUUCAGUCAAAGCUCCAGUCACUUACAUUAGUAGCAAAUGCAAGUCACUGUGAAGUCACAAGAGGCACAGGUAUUAUUGUCAUGCUUAUAAUUCUCCCUCAAAACCUUGACAACUUUGUGCAAUAACUCACAUCUGAAUGCAAACACCUAUCAUAUAGAGUACUGAACAUGUAAUAUCCAAUGCUAGCUCUCUUGUCUGCUGGUUUUGAGGGUAUCUCUGCAUUAUCCUCUUUCCUGUCUGUAGUUUCUGCCCGAAAAGUUCAUUGUGAUAUCUUAAGUUUGUAUAGUUUGCAUUAUAUGUGCACUAUAUGAGUGCUGUUUUUGUUAAUGUUAUAAAAAUGUGUUGAAAUGAGGGUAUUUACAAUGGCCACAGAAAGACCAGACACUGUUUUAAGGAUUAGAACUGCUAGACCAGUGGCACAUGUUGUUUUUCAACAUUGUUGUUUAGGCUGGUUGUUUUUGAGUAAGGAAUAUUGCAGCCAUACUAUUAUUCUCCAGUCUAAAAGUGCAUAAGAAAUACAUUUCUGACUUGUCCUUUAUAUUUUCAUAAUGUAUGCAAAAUGUCAUUUUGUAUGUUGUAGGUCAUAGAUUUUAAGAUUUUGGAAUGAGACAAAAAAUAACAAGCACUUGUUUAGAGAAUCCAUUCCACAUAUAAAGUGGUUGUUUUUUUUUUUUGAAAUGUUGGACAAAUAAGAAAGGGAGCUGAAACAUAUUACACAUGUCAGUUUUCAUGGAGAUGUUCUCCCAAUGUUUGUUGUAAAUUCAAAAUUGUAAAUUGUUUUUAUUUUAUAGAGGUUCUCCAAAUUAAUGUCAGUUUUUUAAUAAAGAUACAUUUCCCAGAA